UUCCGCAUUUGAAGCUAUGUUGUCGGUGUUAGCUCCGGAGACAGCACGGAACUAGUGUAGGUUACACAUUAACCCGCUGACAUGCAUUCAUAAAACAUCUUAUUUUAGUGAACGUUAAAUACUUCUGACUUUCACACCGAAGCACGAAUAACCGUCGAAGCUCGUGACGACGGUAACGUAAUCGAGCAGUCAUGAGCAGCAGCCCUGCAUCUGUCCAGAUGGAGGAGGUGAGGAGGAGGUCCCAGUCGCUCCUCUCCUCCUCAGGUUCAGCCCAGGAUGUGAAGGAGGAGGUCCAGACCAUGGCCUCUGUCCUCCUGCCUCUGUCGGAGAAGUACCGGCACCUGGGAGUGGAGGCCAUGUUGAGGGAGAACGCAGCCUGUCGCAACACACAGGAGGUUCUGGAGUCUUUGAGCAGACUGGUCAAGGCCUUGAGUAUCCUGGAGAAGUACGGCUGUAACCUGACGAGUCCAGCCAGGCCCAGAUACUGGAGGAGUGUCAAGCACAACAACCCCGUCUUCAGAACCACCGUGGACGCCGUCAAGGGAGGCCGGACCGUCUUGUUUCUGUACGGUUACACCAAUCAGCAGAUCGACGGCCUCAGUUUCCCCGACGACGUCACCGAACCGGACACCGCCAAAGUGGCCUCGGUGACGCUGGAGGUGAUGACCUUACGCACGGAGGUGGACAUGCUCGUGAAGAGAACCCAUCCUCACCCAGAAAACUUCAGAGACAUCAUCCCAUUCAUCACCCAGCAGGAUGAGCUGGUGUCUGACGUUGUGGUCGUAACGCAUGAAGAGGAGCAGCUGGCAGACACACCUCAGGUUCUGUCUCUUCCACCUAAACCCAGUCUGAGCCCCGGAGGAGAACCUCUGAAGCCAUCAACAGCGAGCGAUUGUAACUUGUGCGGUGCCGCCUCGUCUCUGGUUUGCCCGUCUUGUGACGAUCAAACAUUCUGCGACGCCUGUGACGACCUCUUUCACCGCCACCCUUCCAGAGCCAAUCACAGGAGAGACAAAGGACACAGCAGAGCGUUUGUUACAGCGGCCAAAACAUCCAGUCCGUCUCUGUCCCCGUGGGAGUGUGCUCACUGCACCACGGUGAACGAGAUGCGAGCCGUCCUCUGCGCCACCUGCGAACGGCCUCGACUCGCCACGGCCGCGUCCGCCGCUCCGGAAAACCCGACGUCCAUCCCCACGUCUCCCAACACGGAGUGGCAGUGUAAGAGCUGCACCGUAGUGAAUCAAGGCAGCAGCAUCCUCUGUGAGGUGUGUGAGCGCCCUCGUCUGGCCACUCGACCGUCUGUCGCACCGCUGCCGUCCAGCCCGGGGUCCACGUCUGACUCGGGAGCAAAGUGGAUGUGCCAGUUCUGCACCUACAUGAACACCAAUACCACCGCGGUGUGCGAGAUGUGCAACCUGUCCUGCAAAGACUCCGCCGGAGUCUCUCUGCCGCUGUCUCUCCAGCAGAACCCGUCCGGCACCAAAGACCAGCCGAGAACUCAGCCGAGGCCCGGAGGCGACGUGGAGGCGAAGAGACAGAAGAUGAUGAGGGAAGACGGCCUCCGUCUCGUCCAGCAGAUCAGAGAAGCAGAGAAGCGCGGCGUCAGUGCUGAGGAGGUGUACGCCGCCAUCGGCAUGUGCGGCGGCAGCAACACGAACCCCUGUGAUUGGCUGACGUCAGAGCUGCCUCACCUGUUGGACGAGAUCUGCGCCAUGGCGGCUUCCGUCCAGGCGGAGAGGGGCGGCGAGGGGGCGGAGCCGAGCGGUCCCGGUGUCGCGGGCGACGGCGCGAAGCUGUCCCGGGCCGAGGCCAAGCUGGCCUGGUUGUCGGCGGGAGGAGACACCGACAGAGCCGUGAGACAGCUGCUGAGAGACAGACAGGUCAAGAUGAAGGAGCUGCACUCUCUGGGCUUCAGGGACGUGCUGCGGUGCGAGGAGGCCCUGCGGCUGAGCGGAGGCGAGGUGAAGGGGGCUCUGUCUCUGCUGCAGCGCCCCCUGCUGGAGCCCUUCCACCAGCGCAUCUGGACCGACCAGCCCGAGCCGCCCAUCGACCCCAAACACCCGGACAAACAGAGGAUGUGCAGGCGUCUGCUGGCGCUGUACGACCUGCCCAGCUGGGGGCGCUGCGAGCUCGUCCUGGCGCUGCUCCAGGAGCCGGACGUGACCUACUCCCUGGAGGACGUGGUGCAAGCCGUGAAGGAGUCUCACGACAAGGAUUUCAUCAGGCGCCUGCUCGUCAACGAGUGUCCCAUCUGUCUGAGCAUCUUCCCCCGCAGCAAGAUGCAGUCCCUGACUUCCUGUCAGUGCUCCGUGUGCCACGAGUGCUUCGGGUUGCACUUCACCAUCGCUGUGAGAGACAAACACAUCAGAGACAUGGUGUGUCCGGUCUGUGGAGAGCCGGACAUCAACGACCCGGAGCAGCUCGACAGCUACUUCUCCACGCUGGACAUACAGCUGCGUAACUGCCUGGAGCUGGACGUGUACGAUCUGUUUCACAAGAAGCUGACUGAGCACGCUCUGAUGAAGGACCCAAAGUUCCUCUGGUGCUGCCACUGCACCUCCGGGUUCAUCAACGACGGAGACCAGAUGAAGGUCACGUGUCCGUCUUGCCGCAAGAGCUUCUGCGCUCAGUGCAAGAAACCUUGGGAGCCCCAGCACCAGGAUCUGUCCUGUGAACAGUUCCAGCAGUGGAAGAGGGACAACGAUCCGGAGUACCAGAGGCAGGGAUUGGCCGGCUUCCUGAGAGACAACGGCAUCACCUGUCCCUCCUGCAGGUUCCAGUAUGCGCUAACCAAAGGCGGCUGCAUGCACUUCAGCUGCUCCCAGUGCAGGUACCAGUUCUGCAGCGGCUGCAACAACCCCUACCACAAGACGGUGUGUAAGACGGCUCAGUGCAGCUACACCGGUCUUCAUGCUCACCACCCGCGGGACUGUCUCUUCUACCUCAGAGACUGGGAGCCGCCCAGACUGCAGGCUCUGCUGCAGAGGAGCGGCGUGGAGUUCAACACGGAUCCUUCUACUGGAACUCAAUCUGACGCUUGUUGUCUGAUGGAGCAGAAAGAUGAAGCCGGUCAGCAGAUCGAUUCGCCGUGUGGCCUCCAGACACAGCCGGGACAGGCCGGCCUCUGCGAGUGAGUGUCUGCUGUAAACACCGUCUGUGGCUGCUUGUCUGCACCUCCCGUCACUCAGACAGGAAGUUCACCAGCACUUUGACAAAACUAGUGUCACCACCAUUCAUAUCUCAAGCCUGUAACCACCUGUGAGAAACAUUGUUCAACGGUGUGUUUGUUUAGUAAGCAUGCUCGCCCUCCUGUAAUGUAGUAGAAUAAUGUGAUGCUCACGGACGGAGAAAAAAACAAAUGCUCGACUCUCGAGAACUUUAAGUUAAGUGAAGGGUCACUGACUGAUUAGUCUUUAGUUAACAGGUGUGUGUGAUCUCAUUGAUUAGUCGUUAACAG